UUCGGGGGGGUGCUUGAGGCCACUGAGACGUUUCAGUUUCCUCUCAGACUUGGGAAAUCCUGUACGUCUAAGGAUCCUGUCGGGUCCUGUCAGUCCUGUCUCAGCCAUGUUACAAUUUAUCUGUGCAGUCGUGACUAGAUUACUGUUUAUUUUGCUCUCAUUGAUCGGUGUGUGGAGAGUGAUAAUCGUCAAAAAUGACAAACUCUACGGGUGUCUGCUUCUCCUCUUCAUACCACUGGUGAUUGAAAUGAUUAUAACUCUGAAGAGAAGGAAAGGGGGGAGCUGUAAGUGGUUCUCGCCGGCCAUCUUCCUCUUCCUGAUCAGCAUUAUACCCAGCAUUUGGAUCCUCGAGCUGGAUCAACAUAAUCAACGCAACCACACCAAGUGUGAGAAACUUAUUGAUAUUCUUACGAAUACUAGCAGCCUCAACGAUUUGUCCAAGGACUCUAAGAUCUUUUUGACUGUGUGCGCCAACGACUGGAUCCUAGCGCUGCACCAGGUCUUGCUCAUACUGCUGAUCGUGGGCAAGUGGCUGAUGCCCAUGGAAGGCCUCACCCGCGAUCAGCUAUCGCAGCUGCUUCUCAUCUUCGUGGGCACGGCCGCCGACAUCCUCGAGUUCACCAGCGAGACGCUGUCUGACGUCAAAGAUAAGAACUUUGUGCUGGUGUACAUUAUUCUGGGCGUCUGGACGUGGAGCAUGCUGCAGUUCCCCUACCACCUCUCAGUGCUGACUGUAAACGAGGAGGGUGAAAACCAGGGUCGCUUCAGCCUCUCCAGACACAGUGCAGAUAUCUGGACCACGGUGGAAGCGCUGUUGAUCCACGACGGCCCGUUUCUGUUGGUCCGUCUGAUCAUCAUGACUCACUUCGGAAUCAUUCACCAAAUGUUGGUCUUUUUCGCCAUCAAGAAUUUCCUGGUGGUGCUGCUCAACGCGUACAGGCUGUGUGUCGUCUGCUGGGCUUCCAGGUCCGUCUCAUCCGACGGCGUCUCAGGGCCUCCGUCCGAACGCGUGAACUGUAUUUAACUAUAUUUAAAAUGUUUAAAAACAAUAAACCUCAAAGAAAGAUUGGAAGGGAUUUGUAUGUUCUCCCUCUACAGUGAUUAGUUUAUUAUUAGGGAUUAGUUUAUUAAACCUUUACCAAGCUCUACAAUACAGAGUUACCAUGUCCAGAAGUGGCGUCGACUUCUCUGGGCUCGAAGGCAUCUAGGAUGGACCAUCACACAGUGAAAACGUGUAUUGCGGUCAGAUGAAUCAGCAUUUAAGUGUGGUAAAAAGGAACGGCAACAUUACAAAGUGGUAAAUGCUUUACGGUCCCAACUCUGCAGGAAUGGAUGUUUAUUAAUAAAUGACAUUAAGCUGACCAGACAAAAAUGAAAUAUCUCAUAUAGGUUCAUCCUGUCUGACAUCAAAUAAAAGUCAAA